AAAAAAAAAAAAAAAAAGAGGAAAUGGCUCAUCGAGAGACGAACUCUCGUAGCAUACGGAGGGGAUAGGUUUCACACGGGCAAUGCCUAUGUAUAUUAACCUUAAAUCGAAAAAAUAAAAUUUUAUCUCUUGUACGAUUUGAUUGUUUCUAUAAUAGACGAGAGAUCCGAUUCUAAUAUGACAGACGAUCUAACCUAUAUUUCAUUCCACUUAGCUUUAAAUUAAACGUUCUUAAUGAAAAAACUUUUUUUUGAAAAUGAGUAAAAGUGAAAACUUUAUAAAAAAAGGUACCACUAUUUUAACCGCCAAACCAUUUGCUUAUACUCUUUAUUCAAAAUAUAGAAAUCAACGAUGCGAUCAUUGUUUUAAAAGUGGAAAUCUAUUUAAAUGUUCUGUAUGUCAGUAUGUUUAUUAUUGUAAUCGAUCUUGUCAACGACUAUCUUGGCCCAUACAUAGCAAAGAAUGUGCAAGUUUAAAGAAAUGUUCACCAAGGGUAGUACCAAAUGUUGCAAGACUCAUGGCACGUAUAAUUAUAAAACUAAAUCAAGGUGGAGAUGAAGAAAUAGGAUAUUAUAACGAAACAAAUUAUAGAAAAUUUAAGGACUUAAUGUCUCAUUGUUCUGAGAUAAAAAGGGAUAAGAAAAAAAUGGAACAUUUUAUAUGCUUAUGUGGUAUUUUAUAUGAAUUCCUGGGCGAUAUGCCUGUACCAAAUACCACUGAAUUAAUGGGUAUUUAUGGCAGAAUUUGUAUCAACUCUUUCAAUAUAUCUAAUUUCGAUACAAAUAUCGGUGUUGGUAUUUAUUUGGCACCUUCUAUUUUGGAUCACAGUUGCAAACCUAAUGCCGUAGCAAUCUUUGAGGGAAUUACCAUAAUAGUUAAAACAAUAGAAGAUCUGCCUUCUUUAGAUUUAUCUCAGAUAAAAAUAACGUACAUCGAUGUAAUUAAGACAACAAAAGAUAGACGUACAGAACUGCAAAGUUCAUAUUAUUUUUGGUGUAACUGUGAAAAAUGUGAAGGCCCAGAACCGAUGGCAGAAGCAGCAGCAUGUCCAAAUAAAUUUUGUACAUAUCCUUGUUCUUCCGAUGCCAAUGCGUGUGAAAAUUGUAAUACAAAAUUUCCACAAAAUUUUAAAAAGACUUUUGACGAAAUAUCCGAAUUUACCGCAUAUCACUUAGAAAACAUGAAGAAUAUUGCCUGUAUCCUUUUUACGUGUAAUAACAAAGAGACAGAUCUGGAUGUAAGCAAAAUGUGUCUCUCAAAACAGGAAAGCGUUUUACAUCCUCUCAAUAUACAGUAUGUACAAACUUUACAAACUGCUUUUGACUCCUCUAUAAACUUACAACAUUGGGAGGAAGCCGAGUCUUAUGCUAAAAGACUUAUUAACGGCUACUUAACGUAUUACGGAGAAAUUCAUCCAUCAACUGGAUUACUUUACUUGGCAAUAGGAAAAAUUCAGGUAUAUUCAGGAAAGAAACUAAAACAAGCCAUCGAAGCGUUAAAAAAAGCUAGCUCAAUAUUAACAAUAACACACGGAGAACAACAUAGUGUAAUAACAGAAAAUUUGAAACCACUUCUUUAUCAAGCUACCGUAAAAUAUACGAUGUUCUCUGCAUUCAAAAGAUUAGCUGGAAAGUCAGAUGGAGUUAACAACGUGUCACCCAGACCAGCUCAUCAAUCUAUGCCAACAACUUUACAGAGAAAAUUUGCCAAAGGUGUACAAUAUAACAUGAAAAUUAUUAUAAAGGGCGACAGAAAUGUGGGAAAAACUUGUCUAUUUCAUAGACUUCAAGGCCAAAAAUUUAUAGAAGAAUAUAUACCAACAGAAGAGAUACAAGUAACAAGUAUUCAGUGGAAUUACAAAGCUACCGACGAUAUCGUUAAAGUUGAAGUUUGGGAUGUUGUAGAUAAAGGUCGACGUAGAAAAAAAUUAGAAGGUUUAAAAAUGGAUAAUUCACAACCUGAAAAUAUAAUCGAGGAGCCUGCUUUAGAUGCAGAGUUUCUCGAUGUAUAUAAAGGGACCAAUGGUGUUAUCAUUAUUAUGGAUAUUACAAAAUCUUGGACAUUCGAUUAUGUACAAAGAGAACUUCCAAAAAUUCCUAACCAUAUUCCAGUAAUUGUUUUAGGAAAUCAUUGUGAUAUGUCGCAUCACAGAACUGUUACGUCAGAUCAUGUGACAUACUUCAUCGAUUUAUUUCACGAAAGAACAGCGCAAGUAAGAUACGCAGAAUCCUCCAUGAGAAACGGUUUUGGAUUAAAACUUUUGCACAAAUUCUUCAAUCUUCCUUUUCUUCAGCUACAGAAAGAAACGUUAUUAAAACAACUUGAAACUAACGAGGAGGAGACACGUUUGACGAUACAAGAACUCGAUCUCUUUCAAGAUAGCGACGAUGCCAAUUACAACAAAUUCUUAGAUAAUCUUGUCAACAGAAGAAGAGCACUUGCCGAUUCUGUUUCUGCUAGUAUUCUAGUCCCUAAUGUUACGUCUUCUUUAAGCAAUCAUAACGUACUAUCUUCUUACGGCAAUACGAAUGUAAAUGCUGAAGUUAAAAGAUCGUUUUCCAUGCCUGGUCCUAUAGGAGGUGGAACUCCUAUUCCAGUAAAAAAUAUAGAUCAAAUAGCAUCAAAGAAAGAAAAUUUUACAAAUACUUCCGAAAAUCAAGCAAUUUCUGUUAAAAACUCACAAAUUACAUCAACACUGUGUAGCGUAACGCAAAACAUUUCGAAAAUAGAUUCUAAAAUAAUCGAAUUUUUAAAUGAAAAUUCUGACAGACGAGAUUCAACCAGCAAACCACAAUCGCUCAUGUCAAAGAUAUUUGGCAAUAAAAAGGAAGACGAGAUAGAAAAAGCAACGCGCAUUAACAACCCAAAUACAAAUGUACCGUUAACUAGCGUCGAAGAUUUUGUACCAGAUGACGAUGGAUUGUUGGAUCGAUCAUUUUUAGAAGAUAGUCAAGUUUCACCACAAAAAGUACAACACGAAGAGCCAGACUCCGAAAGUGAUACUGAAACUGCAAAUCCCUUAGUUGCCGAAUACGAAGAUGAUUUAUCAUCGACCGAUGAAGCUACACCUACAGCUAUUCAACCUAAAUUAGCAGAAAAUCCACUAAGCAAACAAAAACAUAAACGCGAAACUUUAUCACAUACAGAAAUAAAUGUGGGGAAAUCGCGGCAAAUUACGAAAUGCGAUUCUAUUUCAUCUAUAGACCAAGAAUUACAAAUAUCAAACAACUAUGACACAAACGAACAACGAGAGAUCAACUCGGACGCACUUGAUAGCUGGCUUCGACGCGAUUCUAAGUGGAGACAAAGUCCCGAAGGUGGCGAAGACGUAAGCAGUAAUAGUGCCAGAAAAGAUAGAUUGGAAUUAAGCGAUAAAAGCGUAGACGUUAGCGUAACAAGUUCUAACGUGCAUUUAGAAUUACUCGACAAUACGAGCGUGCGUCAUAUGAGUUCUGACGGUGGAAGCCCUGUGUUAAAAGAGAAAAAAAGGCACAAAGAAAAGACGGAAGAUAAAGAAAAAAAGAAGAAGAAAAAAUCGAAGGACAAAGAAAAAGACAAACAAGAGAAAAUAGACAAAACAGAAAAAAAGAAAAAACGAUCGUUACAUCGUUCAAGAGAUGAAACCAGAGAACGCGACGAACUCGAAGAAUUUCUCAAUGGUUCUGUAACUAGAAUUGGCGUUGAUGUUGCUUACGAAGCAAUAUAGCGUCUCUUUCACGUAACGUUUAAGUUUAUUUUUAAUUAGUAAUACUGUCCUCUAGCAACGCAUAAAAAACAUUGAACUAUCAAUUUUAUAUCGUAACACUUGCAAAUGUAUCUUUUAUAAUUUUAAUUCCACAGAUUAAUAUUUCGCGAAUGUGUAUAAUAUAAUCACAAAUGUAUUUUUGUAAAUUUAAAUGCAACAUAUUGAAAUUAUUUGUACACGUUAAACGAUUUAUCAACGAUAUAUCUCUCUCUAAAGUUAUAUCGAAGAAUUAUUUGAAUAUCGAUUCUUUUCUAAAAUAAAAAAAAGUUAAUAUCGUCAUUUUUUAAUGUAUCAUAGUACGAUGUGUCAUCAAUACGUGUUAAUAAAUGUACAUAGAUAAACAAGAAAUUACCGUGUAAAACUAUAAUUUCAAAUUUGCCACUAAACACAAGCGCCAUCUUUGAAACUUCAAACACGUUAAACUCGUGCAAUUUAUAAUCGAACAUGCGUGAAUUUGCUGCCGGAGGCUACGAUACGAUGCUGAGGUCAUGUCGACAGCUCUAUUUCAUAUUACAUAUUAUUGACACAUAAUCGAAUACAAAUAUCGAAUACAAAUCACUGAAAUAAAAAAUUCAGAAAAAUGUCAUUUUAUUUGCGUCCUGUUUCAAAUAAAUUUACAUCUUUUGUUAAUCUACGAAAACAAGUAACCGACAUCAACUAUCAAUUAUCAAAAAAUGGCAAACGCUAUUUAUUCGUGGACGAAUUUUUAGGCGCACAAACAAGUUCAACGACAAAUGUCAAGAAAAUACCUUCGAGUUCAAUAGCUCAUUCGUUAAAUCGCAAUGUACCAGUUAUCUCUUUCAAUGCUAUCGAGAGUCCUAACAUAGAAAAUAAAAAAUAUAAUUGGACUAAACAAACAAUCAGAUUACAUCAGCAAAAACAAACGAACGCUCAGACGCAAAAUAUUAUCAAUCCAGAUUUAAAUGUAACAUCAUCAAGAAACAACACGGACCGUGGAAAGUCAUUUGUAACUUUAAGAAGUAAAAGAUCUAGUUUGCCAUGUACAAAAAUGGUAUUAACCGAAAGUAUCACAUCCGACAGUAUCUUACUCAGCUCUCAAAAGGAUGAAACAUUCCACGCAGAAAUUUCUCCCAACGUGCAAAGUAUAAACGAAAUACAAGCUUCUGAGAAUCGUAAACCAGUCGACUCACGUUUGCAAAAUGUAUUUGACAUUCUUCGCGAGGAUCGGUAUUACACAAUAUUUCAAGCAAAUAACGUUAUUAAAAAUAAUUGGUCAUUUGAAAUAUGCGUUUGUCAAAUUAGAGAUUUUAAAAAUGACCAUGCAUCCUGAAGACAACAGUAUUAAAGUUCGUUGGCGUAUAGUAGGUAUUUCCGGUACACGCGUAUUUCUCACAUUUUGGAAGAUCAAAGUCUGGAAGUCAAAAGAACAAACAGACAACGCGGCAGCGUGGUACGAUGGCUUUUCGACAUUUUACGUUAACAACGAUGGCAAAAUAUUCAAACACAUCGUGGAUAAAACAAUGCCCGAUCGAGAAAUAACAGAAAAAAUUAAGACACCUAUCGAAACGAAACUCGCACUAUUCGUCGCUUUAUUAGGUUUAAACCCACAUCUUGUUCAAUUUUGUUUAAAAAGAUAUAUUAAAUUUCUUCGAACAAGAUAAAAAAUUUAUUAAAUAUUUUCAAAUAUGUAAAAAAAAUAAUAAAUAUUGAAACUGCAAUCGAUACAUUGUUUAAAUCUAUCAUCAUUAUGUCGUUACAUUUAUAAUUAAUAUCUAGUCACACCAAGAAACACGUUCCUUUUCAAUACUUUUUAACAAACGUGAUAGAUAAAAUUUAUAAAUAUAUCAAACUACAUUAUUACUAUCAUCGGAGUUACGUACAAGAUAUUCUGAAAUUUAGUUCUUAAAGUUUGCUAUUGCGUUCUAAAAUAUCACGUAACAAAAUGCUUAUAAACGCUCCAUCAAGAAGUUGUAACAAGAAUAUAAAACAUACAGCUACAUAUACUUGCGCGUAUUACUUCGGCAAUGCAAAAUCGAUGUUAAAGAGCCAUUGAAUUUGUUACAAACCAAAUUUCAUAUUAAU